UCUUCAUAGUAACCGUGACGUCACAGGUAUACAAAUGGCGCGAGUCGCUAAAAAUCACAAGUGUUGUACAUAGCUGAGAAGUGAAAGCUAUGCUUGACAUUACAUGACCCUGUUGUAAUUGUGUUAGCGAGUGGCUGUUCGCCAAAAAUGUCGUUUUCUGUACAAUAAUUGAUUGGAAAAUGAUGGAUUCGCAGAGAAGUAGUGAUUUCCAGGCCACGAACAGAAUAUUUCGCAAAGUAAUUCAUCCUGGCUUGGAUUCUCUACGACUCGUUGACAAGAAUGGGAUGCCCAUUACUACUCCGCUUAGCAGCAUGAAGCAAAAAAUGUUCAUCCUCGGUCCACGAGGUGUUCCAACCCGCGUUACAAAUCAUGUCUACAGUGGCCAACCGAUGCGUAUGUCACGUCCUUAUUCUGAAGGGGUUGUUGGAUGGAAAUAUCCAUAUUCUCCAUCUGACCUUAUUCUCAGUGAACAACUCUACUUGCUGUCCCAUCUAGAGAAACCAGAUUAUUAUAAUGAAAAUUCAUAUGAACCACCAACAUACAGGACUACCCAAUCAGUUUCUCCAUACAGCUCAAAAAGGAGUGCCAACUACAGUAGAGGGGGGCGACCAAUGGCCAAGGCAAAAAGUGCUUCUACUGGUGGAUACCUAAGUAGUGUGGCUGAUGAGAAGAGAUACCUCCAGUCAGCCAGUAGCUCUCAGAGUUCUCGCUGGAACACCAGCAGUCAGGGACUGAGGCUGGAGAAAGAAUGGACAGAUCUGGCCAACUCCAGAUCUCUUAAAAGGAAUUCAGAGAUAGUCUCACACAGAGUGGACAGGAUGUAUUUUAUGACUGGUAACUCCAUUAACAUCAAGCCUAAGUAUCAUGUGGAUGAGGAGGAACUGAAACAGCUCCGAGAACUCUCCAAAUCCCGCCAGUCCUCACGGCGACAACAUCGAUACCCUCAUUUCAUGGAACCGUGUGUGGAGGAGGAGUCAGUGUGUCCGGAGCCUAGUGUGGCAGAGGAAGAGGAAACCAUGGGUCCUGAAGAAGAACCCAAUACCAGCAUCAGCAAAACUCACUCUGUUCAGUCUAUGAUUGUGGAAAGCACCUCAUUAGAAGAAGCAGAAAUACAGAAAGUGUUGCAGAAUCAAUGUGAGGAAGUUCCAGAUGAAGUUGAAGAAGAUGUUGGUGAGAAUAAGAGUACUCCUGAUUCAUUGCAGAAAAGUACAAGCUUAGUGGUGACCAAUGAUGAAGUGGUAACCAGUGGUGAAGGGGUGAUCAGUGAUGGUGAUCCUGAUGGUGGAGAACAAUCUGGAGAGAUGAAGAUUGUGAGUCCAGAGGAGGGAGAAGGGAUUCAACAAGGGAAGGAAACUGACCAGGAAGUUGUGUAUGAUGGAAGCCCUCAGAGCAUGACAGAAGAGGCAGAAGAGAUAGAUGAAAACUUAAAAGUUACAUUCAAAGACCCACCAUCAGAACCAGCAGAGUUAAGUGAUGAUACAGAGCAGAAAUUAAAACUGUUAUCUCCAAAUCUUAGUCACAUUAGUAAGGAGUCAGGAAUUCAGAUAGAUCAAGAAUUUAAUGAAGAACUACCACCACAUGAGCAUUUAGAACCAGGAGAGAAGAAGUGUGAUUGUGAAGAGAAGAUCAAGUUUACUCACUGGAUUGUGGAUUUUGAUGAUGUGUCUGUUGCUGAUCUGUUGGCCCAUGGAGACAAGGAUAUCAUUGGUGAAUGCAUGACAACACUUCUGAAAGAUUUCUACUCUGGUGUUAAGAAGCCUAGGUUUGAAUACAAGGCAGGGAUUAAAUUUCAGCAAAAUCUGAAAAAGAAAGGUGCUAAGAAACCUAAAACAGGCAAGAGCAAAGAAAAAGGACCAUGUAUAGAAACACCAGUAGCAUGUAAAGAGGGGGCAUAUUUUAAGAAUUUCCCAAACAGGAAAGCCAACCAUCAUGGCUACAACAAACUUCAUCAGAUGCCAGUAAAAUGUGGGUGUAGGGAGAACAAAGGAAAUCUGAACAGUGAUUUGUUUAUAGAAGGGACCCCUGUCCCUAUCUAUCAGUAUGUGGAUGAUGCCGUGGAAGAUUUCAAGCUUCAUUACUUGUAGAAAUAAUUUUUUCAUAAAAUUUAUUACUCAAUACUAAUAUAUUUUGCAAUAUUACUAGUAUAUUAAAGUUUUGUUGUGAAUUAUAAACCUGUUUUCUGUCUGUGUGUAUUAGGGUCAUUCAUAUGCCUAUGUGGUGAGUACAUUUCUGUGAAGUUACCCUGUAUCCAAACUCUGCCUGGGGAAGGGCUGAUAUUUAGUUACAUUACAAAACCCAUUCUGGUAUUUGUAUUUAUACCUACUGAUUUAUAUGACUCUAAUCAUAUUUAAAGUAUUGAGUAUAUGUUUGAUACAUCAUACUUCUAUAGCAAUCCUUUCCUAAUAAAGCUAUAACAUGUACUACUUUGCUUAUUACAUCUAUUUGUAUCAUUACUGUGACAAAUGAUUUAUCUAUUUAGGGAUAUCAGUAGUUCAUAAGAUGAUAAUUAUAAUGCCGAUUUUAGGAGUUCAGAGUUCAAACCUAAUGAUUUAUCUACCUUUUCAUAAUAACAUGAUCCAUUUUUUACCAACUUGAAAAUUGAAGUUGGUCAAUUAACUAUAAUACUGGUAGUGUAAAGAGGCUGUGUCUUUUACAUUGCUUAGCAAAAAAAAAAAAAAAAUGGUGACUGGAUUCAACAUUCGUGCCUAUCCCAGUUAAUAAAUACUUGUUACUUAAUAAAAGUUUUAAAUGUUUGAGCUUUGCCUAUUGGUUGGUAUCCUUAUAAUUUUUUUCUUUUUGCUUGCUGUACAGUUUUAAAUACAAUCCUAGCUAUGAUACAAUGUUGACAUCUGUAAAUUUCAAUAGGAUUAUUAAUUCAAAAAAUUCUUUAAUUUAAUCUUAUGUAAUAUUUGUCAAAUUUACAUGAAUGAAGUAAUAU